ACGUCGGGCGCUUGCCGACGUCGACGCUGCAGUCGUCGCAUCUGCGCCAGCGCGAAGGCAACUCAAGUGAGGCGGCAAGCAUCCGACCUAAGACUCAUAUUUCUGUCAACUACGCGCGUAUAGGAAAGAGCUGCUCGGAUCUCUCGAAGAUAGUUCACUUUCAACAUGGAUUCAGACGACGACGCCUUUCUUUACGGCGAGUCCAAGGAAGUCGCGGAAACAGCACAACCGCCCGUGGAAACAUCUGAGCCACAGCCAAUAUCUCUUGAGCAGACACAGUCCGUUUCGCAAGGCCUAGUGGCCACCCUUGAAGCUGAAGCUGCGGGGUCAGAAAAUGCAGAUGGUACGCCUGAGGCUCCGGAACCUAAGGAGGAAGAGGAGCCCGAGACUGGCGGAGGUGGAGAAGAGGAGGAGGAAGAGGAAGAGAGCGAUGACGACAUUGAGAUCAUUAUGGACCAACCUUCACGGUCUCUGGAUCUCAGGCAGCAAAAUGGAAGGCCACCACCAAAUAGAACAGCAAGUACAAGUACACCUGUCCGACUCACAGAUGCGCCACCGCCGUCACUCACAACGGAGUACACUCCACGGGAACGAGGGUCCCUAACCAAACUCCCCACUCCUCAACCAUCAUCUGCGCAGUCACCACGACCGAGUCAAGGCCAGGCUGGCCCCGCCGGUUCCCAAAACACCGCAGAUGGACAGCAACAAGCUGACGGCUCUGGCCCGGACCCCUCGACACUCCCCGUUGCUACAGCACCUCCCUCGCACCCUUCCAUCAACCCCGCUAUCCCGGGUACACUUGACGGACGAUCCAUACUGGAGGUUGACCUUGCCGCGCUUGCAGACAAACCAUGGCGAAGGCCGGGUUCUGAUCUCAGCGACUGGUUCAACUAUGGCUUCGAUGAAAUCUCGUGGGAGGCUUAUUGCUUCAGAAGGCGGGAGCUGGGAGAGGUUGCGAGCGUGCUCAAGAAUAAUGUCCUGAACUUCGCCGGCAUGCCCGAGGAUCAACUCAGCAACCUUCCGCCCGAGAUCCGCACCAUGGUCAUCGCAGGGUCGACCGCAAUGAUGAAUGGCGGGGAGGCGGCGGCCCCGGUGGACAUGGGCAUGGGCAUGGGAGAGAUGGGCAUGGGUAUGGGUGGCGGGCCUGGUAUGCAGAUGGGCAUGGGUGGUGGUGGCGGUGGACCUGGCAUGCAGAUGGGCAUGAUGCAGGGAGAGGGCGCGGGUGCUGGUGGGAUGGGCGGCGGCACAGGUCCUGGAGCGCAGUCUGGAUCUGGCGGGCAACCGAACCCAGAGGGCGGGAUGGGGAUGGGCGAAGGCUUCGGACCUGGUGCCAGUGGUCCUGGCCAAGGUCAAGGUCAAGGCAUGAUGGGUAUGGGCGGCGGUGACUUCAGCAUGCAGCAGGACCCGAGCAGCAUGGGCCAGCAAAUGGGUCAACAACCCGGCCAGCAGAUGUUCGGUGGGGCGGAAGGCACCCACACCCCCGCUCCCACCAGCACUCCAACCCCCACACGCGGUGGCGGCCCCAUGCCAGGUCAAUUCCGCGGGCGUGGAAUGCCGCCUACGAUGUCCGCACGCGGACGAGCAGCCUACGCACCUCGCGGCCGCGUUCCUGCACGGCCUGCAUCGCCGUUACCUCCGAAUGUCCCCACCGGUCCACGCAACAAGACGAAGUACAGGGACAUCGACGGGAGCGCCCAGCCGUGGACGGCCUGGAUUAUGGCGGCGGCGGGGGCGGCAGCAGUAGGGAAGAUAGAGGGGAGAGGAGCCGGGGAACCCCAGAUGAUGAGAGAAGCAGCAGCAGGAAGCGGAGAAGUUCCCCUGGACUGGACGAUCGUAGGGAAUCCAAACGGCGAUAGCCUCAUUCCACUCUUGUCCUCUCUUCGACUAUCUUUGGCUGUACCAUGGUCUGAAUCCGGCGCGACUCUCCGAGAUUACUUCAUCUCCGUCGUCCGUCCGGAAUAA